CGGCGCGAGUGUAAUUUUUUUUUCAGUGUUAUGUCAGUGUGUGUCACAAGCUUGUCACCUUUUUCGCUUUAUUCCGCCGGCUUUUAAGCUAAUCGAACUUUUCGAUGUGUCGUCUGGCAGUGAUCAGAGACUGGUCUCGGAGAGCCCGACCUCUCCGAAGUGUCGCAUCGAUAAAUCAAUGUGAAAGUGACUAGUUUUUAAAACGCUUUUUUGCUCGCCAGUCAGUAGCUAUAUAGAGUGGGGAGCCGUACGGUAGAUAGACACUGGACAUAGGCCGGGCUGCUCUCGCCGUCAGCUUACCUCCUCUUACACGUGUCCGGAGGGCCGAGUGACCAUCCCGGGGCUCCAGUGGGUAAGCCCCGCCGUGACCUUGAAUGAACUUGCGUGGCCAGACAGUUCGUGACCUGAGCGAGACGAAAUAAAGCAGGCAGACAGGGCCCGGCUAGGCAGGUGCUCGCCGCACAUCUCCCAGAAUGCAGCUCUAGAGGCGGCCAUCUUUGUUGUUAUUCUUUGUCCAAAUGUAAACCCAGGCGGAGAAGCUUUGAUGAUCGCUCUGGCACGAUGUCACGGAGAAAGCAGGGAAAACCACAGCAACGAAAGACAAUUGAUUCACUGGAAGAUGAACUUGAUCUGAUAGUUUGUGGGGACUGCCAGACCAAUUUCCCUCUCCAAGACAUCGUCAAGUUUAUCCAUCACAAAAUCCACAAGUGUAACAAGGAGAAUGUGGUGCUUGUGGAUGGGCCAGAGGAAGGGAGUGACCAUCAGGACUCAGACACAGAGGAGGAAAUGUCCGUCAUCGGCUCGCGCACCCCCAGUAUCACAGCCCCCAUCGUGCGCAAGGAGAGCACUGAACUCCGUGAGUCCUCGAGGGUCAUCACCCCACGCCAUUUAGAGCCAAUGAGGGACCGAAACAGCUUCGACAACAUCGAAAACAAAGAAACAAAACAAGAUGAAGAUGUGAAGAAGGAACGGGUCCCUCCUGAACCUGACAAACUCCCUCUGAAACCAGAACAUGUGGACGCGGAGUCAAACACUACUAACUCAGAGCCUUCUAAGUUUUUAUGUGGAACCUGCAAACAGACGUUUAACUCUGCCUGGUUCCUGCUGCAGCAUGCUCAGACCGCCCAUGGCAUGAAGAUCUACAUCCAGCAGCCUCAGACCAGCCCAGCUGUAUCCAGAGAUGCUACCCCCAAACCCCAGGCCCACACCCCAUCAAGCCCUCCUCCACAGAUUGUGGGCCACCCGAACACCUCCCCACAUAACCCCUUCAUGUUUCGCCUCCCCUCUGGCCUUCACGAAGUGUCACAGGCUUGCUCCCCGGUCAGCCCUUUCAACCGUCCACCAGGGCACUCCAAUAUACGUUUUGAUCUGGUAAUGCAGAAUGAUCCUUUCCAUAGAAUUGUUGGCAUGCCUGGAUUUGAACCGCAUCAUGCUCCGCAUCAUCCAUUUCACAAUCCAUACGUUGAGCGGCCACAGCUACCCCUGGGUGUGGGGUUAGACUAUUCACAACGACUGCGUGAAUUGGUCACCUUAACAACUCCUUCACCCAGUAAGAAACCUCCUCAGUCUUUCUCUCCAGCUCUCUCCCCUAUUAGCGUAGGACCCAGCACUGGAUCCUUUCCCCCAGAAGAUAUGUCACAGAAACAAGGGGGUCCUCUGUCGCCUGGCAAGAUGAACUUAAAGUCGUGUGAAUUCUGCGGUAAAUGUUUCAGAUUUCAAAGCAAUUUAAUUGUACACAGACGGUCUCACACGGGUGAAAAACCGUUCAAGUGCCACCUGUGUCCCCAUGCGUGCACACAGGCCAGCAAGCUCAAGCGACACAUGAAGACGCACAGCAGCAAGUCUCCUUUAUCUGGCGCAUCGCAGGCCUCCAACACUUCGAUCCACUCGGAAGGAAGCAUUGGGUCUUGCGACAGUCCGUCAGACUCCCACAAGAAAGGGGAGUUCGGGGAGGAGCUGGAGGAAGAAGAGGAUAUGGAGGAAGACGAGGAUGAGCUGGAGGAAGAGGAGGAGGAACCUGAGGAAGAGGAGCUUGAGGGAAUGGAUGGAGUGGACAGCAUGGAUAGGCUGGAAAACAUGGAUGAGCGGGAGUCUGAGGCAGACUCCAACGAGAACGGUGGCAGAUCUCUCCUUGUUGACCAGAAGGAUAGAACAAACCUGUCUCCAAAUGCAACAUCCCCAUCCAACCAUACUAGAAAAGCCGUGGACUUCAGUCUCAACUCUAUUUCCCGACACAAGCCGUCGCUUCUAAGAGAUGUCAUGACUGGCUCAGGCCUAGGCGACAUACAACAAUACAGCGAGGCUUUCCAACAGGCUCUUGCAGAAAACUGCACAGAUGUCAAGCGCUCUACUGAAGGAGAACUUUCCCAAAACGGUAUUAAGGAUGAACAGCGACAUCUAGCCGACUCUGUAUCGCCCAGUCGCCAACAUCGUGACAUCGACAUCGAUGAAGAUAACCAACCCAAUCGCAUAAAGCGAGAACCCCAAGAGAGAAUGCCGCAAAGUGUGGAAGCAUUUUACGCAGCGACCAGUAUGUGGUACCCCCCUGCAGUGCCUCAUCCACGGAAUUUCUUCUUGGGUCACCACCAGGCAAUGCCUUUCCAGGACCGUGAGACGAAUCAUAACUCAUACUUAUCAAAACCACCAGAGAGUGCCUUGAAAACUAUAUCCUGUAUUGCAACACCUGGAACAAGCAAUAGUGCCCAUAAUGGUGGAACACCUAUACGGCGGAACGACAAGAGGAAUGAUACCUGUGAAUUUUGCGGUAAAAUUUUUAAGAACUGCAGCAACCUGACCGUUCACAGGCGCAGUCAUACCGGUGAAAAGCCCUACAAGUGCGAGUUGUGCAGCUAUGCGUGUGCCCAGUCCAGCAAACUCACACGCCACAUGAAGACCCAUGGUCGACAAGGCAAGGAUGUCUAUAGAUGCAAAUUCUGUGGGAUGCCGUUCUCUGUGGCCAGCACAUUGGAGAAGCAUAUGAGGAAGUGCAUGGAGAACCACACCGGCACCCGGGGCUUGCCAGAUCCGGAUACCGACACAAACAGCACCACAGCCUCCAACUUAUAGCUCGACCAGCGUGUAGAGGGCGCUGUUUUCGGGCUGAGCGGCGAGGCUGGCCCUGGCAUAUCGCUCCAUCUAAUGGCUGGGUAAAAAUAUGGCAGAUGACAAAAAGCUCACCUUUAAAAAAAAAGACUUGUAAAUGUUGUGAAUUUAUCCUUGUGUUUAAUCUAACAACCGUCUGUGUUACACUAGCGCGGGUGGUACAUGUUUUCUACACGUUGUUACUAGUAGGUAUACCUUCAGUUAAAGUUAAAACUAUAGACAUGUAAAGGUAGUUGACUAACUGUACUGUUUGCGAACUAAUACUCAAAUAUUGUGAGAGCUCUAGGAGAGGAACGUAACAUCAAGCAGAUUGCACAAGAGACAUUAUAUAUAAACUUUCUCCCCCUGGCGAACAAAUGGAAACAAAAGGGAGAGAACUGGACCGGUGGUCUCAUGACUGGCAAUCAUAUCAGAUGGGUUGACACGGUUGUUGUUUGUCAAUACCACAUUGUACAUACAUAUAUAGGGAUACACAUGGUUUGGUGCUUGGCAUCGUGGGAGCUAACAUAACACACAUUUUUAAUGUACAGAUAACUAUUGUUGUAGAGAGAGUUUUAGGAAACUUCAGGAUGUUUUUCCCAUACAGUUAGAGUUAACGUUAUUGAAGAAUUUUUGCACAGCCUUUUUUUUUCCUCAUUGGAAUACUGUAUGGAUUUCAUCAUCUCGAGCACUAUGCACAUCGUUCAUAAUCAUUACCGGGUCCUCAUGACAUACGCCUACAAAGAACACAUAACUAUUAUUAUUAUUACUACUAUUAUUAUGGUGCCACUAGAAUGUCAUCGUUAAGGAGUUAUCAUUUCAGAAGGAGAAGUGGCACUGAAAUGCUGUGAUAGUGCCAUUGGGGAAACCGACAGAUUGACCCUUUUUGAAAACCUGAUUGAAUUUUGCUACCUGAAUGUCUCAUGGACAACACAUGCCAUGGGGAACUGGCUUCAAUGAUAUUCAUUGAGUGACAUUGUCAGAUCCACAGAAAGAUCAGGUGCUACAUCAUACUGGGGACACAAAUGCAUCCACAGAUCCUCAGAGGACGCAUACAAGAUGUUUUCCAUUAUGGGGAAUUGGCUUUCAAAUCGGGUCAUUCUUUAUUGUAUAGAGAAGGUUCUUGUUUUUUUGUGUGUACAAAAUGCUGUAUAAAGUUUUUGUUUUCUUAGUGCUUGUGAAAAAAUGUUGGAUAGAUGCUUAUAUUUCCAAAUUGUCUCAAGUUUGAAAAACUUUUAGGGCGUGUUUUUUUUUUUUGUUUUUUUGAAUUAGUGCUGUGUUUUGCAAGCUUAUCUGUGUCUUGCAGUUGAAUAGGAUAAGUAUUCUUCAUAGUUUUAGCUAUGGCGGAUUAAAACAGUAGACAGGCUUGCCCAUGGGCAAUGUUUGAUUAACAGAAGCUAAGGAAAGUGCUGUUGAGCCAUGUCGUACUGAGGUCUCUUGAGUUCUCUGCUUUUCUGUGGUACUAGUUGAAUACCACUAUUCCAAAUACAGGUAGGUUGCAGAGGCAAUGUAAUGCCUGUACUGAGAUGUAGGGGGCCUGUGAAGUGUCAGAUGCUAGUGUUAUGGAACAUCUGGUCACUAUGGCUCUGCUGACUGACCAGAACAUGUUUACGCUUUCUAAGAAUUGUGCUUUGUUGUGGCAUGGUUAAUUGUGGGUAAUGGAGGAAACUCCAGUGACAAGUGCUAUUGUAGGAAUAACCCUCUUUCUCCCUUUUGUGUCCUUAACUUGCACGAAAAACAUUGGGCCAGUGCUGAAUCAUGGUGGCCAUUUUGUUGCUAAUAUCUCAACCAUGCAGAAUUGUAAUUCUCCUCAGCCAACUGAUCAACAUAAAAUGUUCAAUGGAGAAAAGAGUGUAAUCAGAGCUCAGAACAUUUCACCCUGUCCCAGUCAUUCCUUGUAUCCAAGCUUGGAGCAAAACACAACAAACAAAAACAAACGUUGUUUUAAAACCGGUCACUUGAAAGCAGUUUAACUGUUCUUGGGAUGCCUUAAAAACAUGGAUGAGUUUAAAAGAAAACCAUUUUUGUUGUCCUCUGCGAUAAGUGCAGUGACUACAGGAGAAAUAGUUAAUACUUAUUUCAGAAAGCAGGAAAAAGUACCGCGGGUGUUUUAAAACAAAAUAUAUAUGUAUAUUGAAAAUAUA